UUCAAAGGAUAAAUAUUGAACUAUAUCAAAGAAUAUUGACCAUGGAUUCUGUAAAGAGCGCAAAAGACAGAUUUCGUAAAUAUCCAGCAUUGUUGUUGCAGUGUCGCGAAUCAGCCGCAGCAUACGCUAAUUGUGUAUUAAAUAAGAAAGAUUUUAAGAAAGAUGAUUGUAAAAACGAAUUCGAUCAGUUUAAAUCUUGUCUCAUGAAAGCAGCUGCACAGCAUAAAACAAAAUUAUAAGCAUAAUUUGAUA